AUGGCGAAUAAGGAGUCGAUUUUGGAGACUUUAGCAGCCGCGCUUCCUUUGGAUCUCGAAUUGCAUUUCUACCACAUUUCUACUCCUCCAGCACCAACAACAGCGCUCUUCUCCCCACCGCCCGGCCAGAGCGAGGAGCGGACAUUCUGUGAAAAUCACUUCAUAGCCGCAUCGUUGCCUGCGAACAACGUCUUGAGAAGAGAGCUUCUGAUCUUUGCGAUAGAAGUCCUUGUGUUCACCUCUCAUGAUCUCACCACAAUAUUUGUUUCCAAGGCGGACUCGACUGGCUACCUGCAUCUGCUCAACUCACAGCCAGGCGGUCCUUCUAUCAUCAAGACCAUCUGCACAACUGUUCUUUCAUUCUUCGUUCAACAAAGCUUGCACGGGCCUCGCAUUUUGCUCUCAUUAUUUGCACGAUCGCAGAAUCAAUAUUUGUUCCCUGGUAGCAUUGAAAAUUCUGGCAAACAUGUCCUAGAAGACCGACAACUGAUCAAGUGGUGGUGUCAGACACUUGAUCCUGUUUUGCGAGAGCAUGCACCCACCACACUCGCUCCCAGUCCGGUCCCUGGCUCAGAUACUUCCUCAGAAGCGUAUAUAGUCGUGCCCGGAUGUGACAGGUUCGAAACAAGAGGGUUUUUGCCAUCAAGCACCAAAUCAGACUCAGUAUCAAGAUGGACUAAUAGCUACCCGCGAGAUUUGAUUGUGCCGGAUGGCUCGGCUCCUCCAAGAUGCCUGAUACCAAGAUUUCCCGAUGACCCCAAGGCCCGCUUCCUUGACGACUUGGACUCUGAAAUCUCUGCCGCGGACCUGUCUACGACUGGUUCUUGGAGAAGUGUUGGGACAUUGGAUCAUUUUUGGGAAAUGAUGUCCUAUCGGCAAGAAUGCUCGGCUGGUCGGCUUGUUGGCUUUAUCUGGAUUGUCUUUACACCGCGACGACACGGAGAGAUUUCACAUGAUCCUCCGGUAAACUGUCCUCAAGAAUCUGCUGAACACUCAGGCCAGGCAGUUGAACAAUUGCCAACGCCCAACCAGUCGCAGGUCAAUAGUCUUGAUCCCAUUUUACCACCCCCUUCCUUGAAAGAUGACUCAUUGGAUCCCAUCAACGCGGCAUCUCCUCCUCCAUCGUCCCCAGUGCUGGCGUUGGCAAAUGAGAUUCAUAAUGUUCCCAUGGAUAUGCAAGAUGGAACAAACAAGCAGAACAACCUGGCAAACGAAGCUACUCAAUCCGGUCCCGCUAACCAGAAAAUAGUGGACAGUCUCUUCUACGACGACGCUAAGACAAUCCCAGCCCGUUGGCCCUUAGCAACCCGAGGGGAUAUCGUCCUCUCCGAGCAGACGUACCAGGAACUUAUGAAUCAUCUUCUCCAAACUGAUUUUGCGAACCAAGACGUGGCAACGCAAAGCACGGCAAGCUGGAUCAAAAAGGCCUCUGAUGUAGUCGGAAUAUCCAGUUGGGGCCAGAGGUUGACUGGGCGAAAGCCAGUUGUCCCAAUCGUGCGGUCAAACAGGUCAGAGAGCAAUACGACGGUGAAUGUGUUAAUGGGAGUGCGCAAGAAGAGGAAAGCUGCUGAUAGUGGUGACGCAACGAAUGUAGUCGCAAAUGCUGGGACGACUGAAGCGGGUUCAACACCUGAAGCAGCUACUUUGCCAGCGGAUUCGACGCGGAAGAAGUACAAGGUUGCUUAUUGA